GUCUUUUCCCGCCAAAAAAAUUCCCUGAUUCCAAACCCGAGGAUUACUCGCCUCCCUAAAUUCCCGCCGCCUCUUAAUCUUCCUCCAUUCCCCAGUCUCCUCUAUAUCUCUUUCUCUGUGAAGCCUAAACUCUAUACAUAACCCUAACACUAACUGAAAAUAGUGCUCCAAUGGGCCCCUCUCGCCGCCUCUCCAGCAACGGCCGCUCCCCUCUCGUCCGCAAACAGAGCCAGAUCACCACCUUCUUCUCCCCAGGCAAAAACCCCACAGAUUCCCCGUGCCCAAAACCUAACCCUAGCCCUAAUCCCAAUUCCUCAACCGAGAAAUCGAAGAAAACCCCUUUGCUCAUACCUUCACCUACCAAGCCCAACCCUAAGGCUCCUCCGUCCACCACCGAAAAGAAAUCUUUUUCCGAAGAUGUGGUUGGAAAAAAGAUUAGCGUUUUCUGGCCACUUGAUAAAACUUGGUAUGAUGGGCAUGUUAAAUCUUUUAAUAAGCUCACUGGAAAGCAUUUGAUCCAGUAUGAAGAUGCUGAGGAGGAGGUUCUUGAUCUUGAGAAGGAGAAGAUUGAGUGGGUCAAAGAGGAGGCACCGAGAAAGCUCCGGAGGUUGAAGAGGGUGUCAAGCUCUCCAGUGCCGGAAACGGAAAUAGUGAGGGAUGGUGUUAAUGUAGAUGAUGAUGAUGACGGUGAGGAUGAGGAUUGGGGAAAGGGAGUCGGGGAACAUGUUGAUAAUGAUGAUUCUAAGGAAGUGGAACUGGAGGAAGAAAUUGAGGAGGAAAAUGAAAAAUCAGCUGCGAAGAGAUCUGGAAAGAGGAGUUCUUCUUCUGUUGGAUCAGGGAAGAGGAAGAAAGUUGACGUCGAGAAGUUGGGCUGCAGUAAGAAGUUUAGAUUUGAUGGAGAUGGAGAGGGUCCGGGAGAUGGGCAGAAGGGUGGUUCUUUGGUAACUCCAAUGAGCAAAAGCAGAUAUUCUACUGUCUUAACUACCAAAGGUAAUGCAGGUGGCCAACAGGUAAACAAUUUUGGCAGCAACUCAACUGAUGAUGCAGCUGAGCGGUUUGCGAAACGUGAGGCAGAAAAAUUUAGGUUUCUUCAAGGUCACAGGGGACGUAAAGAUGCUCGAGGGAAGCGUCCUGAAGAUGCGGACUAUGAUCAGAGAACACUCUUCUUACCUAGUGACUUCUUGAAGAGUUUGUCAGGUUGUCAGAGGCAAUGGUGGGAGUUCAAAUCAAAGCAUAUGGAUAAGGUUUUGUUGUUUAAGAUGGGCAAGUUCUAUGAAUUGUUUGAAAUGGAUGCACAUAUUGGAGCAAAAGAGCUUGGUCUGCAAUAUAUGAAGGGAGAUCAACCUCACUGUGGGUUUCCUGAAAAGAAUUUUUCAACGAAUUUAGAGAAAUUGGCAAGAAAGGGAUAUCGUGUUCUUGUUGUGGAGCAGACUGAAACACCACAACAACUUGAACUUCGCCGAAAAGAGACGGGGUCGAAAGAUAAGGUUGUUAAACGGGAAAUUUGUGCCAUGGUUACAAAGGGAACACUGAUCGAAGGAGACUCACUUUUGACAAAUCCCGAUACUUCAUAUCUAAUGUCAAUUACUGAGAAAAGCAACUUCUUAGAGAAUCAAAAGAAAGAAAGCAUAGUCAUAGGCAUCUGUUUGGUUGAUGUUUCCACAAGCAUGUUUAUGCUAGGACAGUUCGAAGAUGAUUCUGAGCGUCACUGCUUAUGUUCUAUACUGUCGGAAUUACGACCUGUAGAAAUCAUCAAGCCUUCAGAACUGCUCAGUCCUGAAACUGAAAAUGUUUUGAAGUACCACACAAGAAAUCCAUUAAUUAAUAACUUGGUUCCUUCAGCGGAAUUUUGGGAUGCUAAAAAAACUAUUGACGAGAUCAGAAAUAUUCAUUGGGUCCUGACACAUUCAACAUCAGAAUUAUCAACUUAUGUAAAUGGUGACAAUUCUGAUAAUUCAGAUACAUCGGAGAGACAUUCAGGGGGCCUUCCAGACGUUUUAUCUGAAGUGGUGACUGCAGGGCCGAAUGAAUGCUGUACACUUUCUGCUCUUGGUGGUUGUCUUUUUUAUUUGAGGCAAGCUUUCCUUGAAGAAGCAUUACUCAAGUGUGCUAAGUUUGAAAGACUUCAGUGCAGUGGUUUCUCUGCCACUGCUAAGAGGACACAUAUGAUACUUGAUGCAGCAGCACUUGAAAACCUUGAGAUAUUGGAGAACAAGAAAAAUGGAGGCCUCUCUGGGACACUAUUUGCGCAAUUAAAUCAUUGUGUCACAUCUAAUGGGAAAAGGAUGCUUAAGAGUUGGCUUGCAAGACCACUAUAUAACAAGAGUUUAAUUUUGGAACGCCAAGAUGCCAUAGCAGGUUUGAAGGGUACUGGUGUUGCUUCUGCACUUGAAUUUCGUAAAGAGUUAUUGAGGCUUCCAGACAUGGAGCGGUUACUAGCACGCCUCUUUGCUAUCUGUGACAGUAAUGGAAGAAAUGCGAAUAGAGUAGUUCUUUAUGAAGAUGCAGCAAAGAAGCAGCUUCAGGAAUUUAUUGCUGCUCUUCGGGGUUGCGAAGUGAUGAUUCAAGCAUGCUCCUCCCUGAGUACUAUUUUAACUAAUACAGAAUCAAGUUUGCUUCAUCAUUUACUGACACCAGGCAAAGGGCUACCUGACGUUUCUUCAGUUUUAAAGCACUUCAAGGAGGCAUUUGACUGGAUAGAAGCUGAACGUUCAGGGAGGAUUAUACCUCAUGAAGGAGGUGAUAUUGAAUAUGAUACAGCUUGCAAGACGUUGAGGGACAUUGAGUCUUCUCUGAAGAGUUACCUGAAAGAACAACGCAGAAUACUUGGGGAUUCAUCGGUUACUUACGCUACUGUCGGGAAAGAUUCAUACCUCCUAGAAGUACCCGAAAGCCUGAGUUUGUCUGUCCCCCGGGGAUAUGAAUUAUGCUCUUCGAAAAAGGGAUACGUUCGAUAUCGGACACCAGAAAUUAAGAAGUAUUUGUCAAAACUUGCUCAAGCUGAAGCAGACAGAGAAUCUAAAUUGAAAAGUAUUCUUCAGAGACUAUUAGGGCAAUUCAGUGAGCACCAUAAUAAAUGGAGGCUGUUGGUUUCUGUAAUAGCAGAGCUAGAUGUAUUGAUUAGUCUAUCCAUUUCAAGUGACUACUAUGAAGGACCAACGUGUCGACCAGUUAUCAAAGAAAUAUGCCAUUCAAGUGCCAACACUCCUUAUAUUUCUGCGAAAAAUCUGGGGCAUCCUGUUCUCAGAAGUGAUGCAUUAGGAAGAGGUUCUUUUGUUCCCAAUGAUGUAAAUAUUGGUGGAGCUGGACAUGGAACAUUCAUCCUUCUUACAGGUCCAAACAUGGGUGGUAAAUCAACUCUUCUUCGUCAGGUUUGCAUGACUGUGAUUUUAGCGCAGCUAGGAGCAGAUGUUCCUGCAGAAAGCUUUGAGUUAACGCCUGUUGACCGUAUCUUUGUUCGGAUGGGAGCGAAGGAUCAUAUUAUGGCUGGUCAAAGUACAUUCGUGAUGGAACUCUCGGAGACUGCAUCAAUGCUGUCUUCUGCUACCCAAAAUUCUCUAGUAGCACUAGAUGAACUUGGACGAGGCACAUCAACGUCUGAUGGACAAGCUAUUGCAGGAUCUGUCUUAGAGCAUUUGGUGCACAAAAUACAUUGCCGAGGGUUGUUUUCAACUCACUAUCAUCGACUAGCAGUAGAAUAUGAGAAUGACAAAGAGGUAUCAUUGUUUCAUAUGGCUUGCCAAGUUGAGAAGGGGAACGGAGGCAUUGAAGAAGUUACUUUCCUUUAUAGAUUGACUCCUGGUUCCUGUCCUAAAAGCUAUGGUGUCAAUGUUGCUCGGUUGGCAGGAAUACCGUCUUCAGUUCUUGAAACUGCCACAAGAAAGUCCACUGAGUUUGAGAUUAAUUACGGGAAAGGAAAGAAAGAAUCUCGAAGAGACUUUUCUGCCGCCAUUAAGGAUGAGGAAAUAGCUGUCAUCAAAGAUUUUUUAGCCGCUGCCAAGAAUUUGGAUCAAGAUGACAAUACUCAGGCAUUAAACAUGCGUUUGCUUGAAGAAAUUCAUCAGAGGGCUCGAUUGCUCGUUGGAAAGCGAAGAAGCCUCUUGCGCCUUUUUUGAACUUAGCUGAGGGCCGAAGUUUGGGUUAACACAUCGUCCUUCCUCAGUGAUAUCAAUUUUUGCAAUUUGGACUUGUGGAGUCACGUACUAUUGAAUGAAUACUUCAAGGCAUAUACUCUAGUUUUAUAUAUUAUUAUCAUGGGUAAAGAUUAGUGCCGCAGGUUUUUCAUUGCACGAAAAACAUCUUUAAUUUACACAGAAAAUGUAUUUAUAGGCCUUGACGUAAUUAGACAGAAUAGAUGAAUGUUUAGUUUUCAUAGAGAAAUCCCAAGUUUUUGUAAAUGUGCAGCUAACCGAUGGGUUGAUGACAUGUAUUCCGUAAAGGUUCAAUAUAACAACAAAUGAGUUGGUAUCUGA